AUGAACAACCUGGAUGAAGGGGUGGAGUUCCUCCCUGCCAUGAACUCCAAGAAGAUGGAGAAGCGCGGCCCAAAGCGGUGGGUGGUCAUCACCGUCAUGAUCGUGGUUUUCCUGCUCAUCUCCCUCGUCACCGGCCUCCUGGUUUGGCACUUCAAAUACAGGAACGCACCCGUCCAGAAGGUUUUCAAUGGCCACUUGCGGGUUCUGAACUGGGACUUCCUUGACGCUUACGAGAACUCCAGCUCGCCGGAAUUCAUCAUGCUGGCCAAGAAGGUGAAGAGCACGGUGGAGGAGAUCUACAGGAAUCAUGCAGAUAUUGGCCCUUACCACAAAGAGACAGUGAUAACUGCUUUCAGCGAAGGCAGCGUCAUUGCCUACUACUGGUCGGAGUUCCUCGUCCCCAAGUACCGGGAGGAGAGACUGGACAGGGCGAUGGCGGACAAGCAGAGCCUGGUCCAGAGGUGGAACCCCCGCCUGCGAAACCCCACGCUGAAGGUGGAAUCGGUCGUUGCUUUCCCUGUCGACCCCAGCAUCGCUUACUCUGCUCGGGACAAUAGCUGCAUGUUUGCCCUCCAUGCCAAGGAAGGGGAGAUCACCAGUUUCACCACGCCGGGCUUCCCCAACAGCCCGUACCCCAACAAUGCGCUCUGCUAUUGGGCACUGAGGGCGGACGCCAACUCCAUCAUCAGCCUGACCUUCAGGACGCUGGAGCUGGAGCAGUGCGCAGACAAUGGUGACUACAUCAAGGUGUACAACUCUUUGAGCCCUGUGGAGCCCCACGCUUUGGUCAGGCUCUGUGGGAAUUAUGCCCCUUCCUACAACCUGACCUUCCUGUCUUCCCAGAACGUAAUGCUCAUCACGUUUGUUACCAACAAGGAGGGGAGAUUCCCCGGCUUUAAGGCUGAGUUCUUCCAGCUCCCGAAGAUGAAAGUCUGCGGUGGGACUCUGAAAGGAGAGAGCGGCACCUUCACGACUCCCUAUUACCCGGCACACUACCCUCCAGCCAUGGACUGUGUCUGGAACAUAGAGGUUCCCUCGAAGAAGAACGUGAAGGUGCGUUUCAACACGUUCUUUGUGCUGGAGCCCGGCAUCCCGGUCAGCUCCUGCACCAAGGACUACGUGCAGAUCAACAGCACGAGGUACUGCGGGGAGCGCUCCCAGUUUGUGGUGGCCAGUACUACCAACAAAAUAGAGGUCCGGUUCCACUCAGACCAGUCCUACACGGACACUGGCUUCUCUGCUGAGUACCUGUCCUACGACUCCAGCGAUCCCUGCCCUGGCAAGUUUACCUGCAACACUGGCCGCUGCAUUGACAGAAGCAUGCGCUGCGACGGGUGGCUGGACUGCGUAGACGGCAGCGACGAGAGAUCCUGCACCUGUACCGACCAGCAGUUCAGGUGCCAGAACGGCUGGUGCAAGCCCAAGUUCUGGGUCUGUGACAACGUGAACGACUGCGGCGACAACAGCGACGAGCUGCAGUGCAGUUGCGCCGCCAACAACUUCAAGUGCGACAACGGGAAGUGCGUCCCCGAGGCGCAGAAGUGCGACGGCAAGGACGACUGCGGGGACGGGAGCGACGAGGGCAGCUGCACGGUCCACACGACAGUCCCCUGCAAGGAAUACACAUACAAAUGCCGCAGCGGGCGCUGCAUCAGCAAGCAGAACCCAGAGUGCGACGGGGAGCGGGACUGCGAGGACAACUCCGACGAGGACAACUGCAACUGCGGGACCCGCUUCUACACGAGGACGUCGCGGAUCGUCGGCGGGCAGAACUCGGAAAAGGGAGAAUGGCCGUGGCAGGUCAGCCUCCACGUCAAGGGCCAGGGCCACAUCUGCGGGGCCUCGCUGAUCUCGGGGAGCUGGCUGGUGUCGGCGGCACACUGCUUCCUGCAGCUGCAGGGCAUCAGGUACUCAGACCCCAGCCUGUGGACAGCCUACCUGGGCCUGACCAACCAAGGCAACCGCAACGGUGCCAACGUGCAGUCACGGAAGAUCAAGCGCAUCAUCUCCCACCCCUACUUCAACGACUUCACCUACGACUACGACAUUGCCGUGGUGGAGCUGCAGAGCCCCGUCACCUUCUCCUCCGUCGUCCAGCCCAUCUGCCUGCCCGAUGCCACCCACAACUUCCCCGUGGGCAAGGACCUGUGGGUGACCGGGUGGGGAGCGACCGUGGAAGGAGGCAGCGGAGCCUCCAUCUUGCAGAAAGCAGAAAUCCGGCUCAUCAACCAGACGGUGUGCAACGAGCUGCUGACGGACCAGCUGACGCCGCGCAUGAUGUGCGUGGGGAUCCUGACGGGCGGCGUGGACGCCUGCCAGGGAGACUCCGGGGGGCCCCUGGUCAGCGUGGAGCCCAGCAAUCGGAUGUUCCUGGCUGGCAUAGUGAGCUGGGGCGACGGCUGCGCGCAGAGAAACAAGCCCGGAGUGUACAGCCGGCUCACGAGCCUGCGAGACUGGAUCGAACAGCAGACGGGCCUUUAG